AUGGGGUGUUCGUGUUCUCCACUCGCCGCGUGCGUGGCCCUCGUUCUUCUUCUGGCGGCCUCGUUGCUGGCGUGUCACCACGGGUGCGCGGCGGCGGCCGUGGCGGCGCCGACGCUGUCGACGGCGUCGCGGUGGGUGGUGGACAAGAGCGGGAGCCGGGUGAAGCUGGCGUGCGUGAAUUGGCCGUCGCACCUGGAGCCGAUGCUGGCGGAGGGGCUGGGCAAGCGGCCCGUCGGUGCCAUCGCCGGGGAGGUGGCCGCCAUGGGGUUCAACUGCGUCAGGUUCACGUGGCCCACGUUCCUGGUCACCAACGCCUCCUACUCCGACCUCACCGUCGCGCAGUCCUUCCAGCGGCUCAACCUCACAGAGUCGCUCGCCGGCAUCAGGGCCGUGGUGACCAGCCUGGGCGAGCACAACGUGAUGGUGAUCCUGGACAACCACCUGAGCAAGCCCGGCUGGUGCUGCAGCAACACCGACGGCAACGGCUUCUUCGGCGACACCUUAUUCGACCCGGACGUCUGGGUCGACGGCCUCACCAAGAUGGCCACCAUGUUCGCCGGCGUCCCCAACGUCGUCGGCAUGAGCCUUCGCAACGAGCUCAGGGGCCCCAGGCAGAACGCGAACGACUGGUACAAGACUGGAACAGUGCACACUAUUGCAGAGCUAUCUUUACAUCUCUCUGCAGUCUGCACUGCUCCUGCACAACAUGUGAAGUUGGUAGCCGCACGGCUGGCAAGCGGUGCAGUUGACCGAGCUGCUGACAACCACCCGCGUCGACACGCACGCAGGUACAUGCAGCACGGCGCGGAGGCGGUGCACGCGGCGAACCCGCGCGUGCUGGUCAUCCUCUCGGGCCUCCAAUUCGACAACGACCUGGCCUUCCUCAACUCGCGCCCGGUGAACCUCAGCUUCACCGGGAAGGUGGCGUUCGAGGUGCACUGGUACAGCUUCUCCAACACUCCCGAGUGGAGCUCGGGCAACGCCAACCAGGCGUGCGCGCGCAUCACUGCAGGCAUCACCCGCCGCGCCUUCUACCUGCUCGACAAAGGGUGGCCCGUCAUCCUCAGCGAGUUCGGCGUCGACAACCGCGGCGUCAACACCAACGACAACCGCUACUACGGCUGCGCCGCCGCCGCCGCGGCCGACCUGGACCUGGACUGGGCGCUCUGGGCGCUGCAGGGGAGCUACUACCUCCGCGAGGGUGUGCUGGGGCUGGACGAGGUCUACGGCGUCCUCGACUGGGCCUGGUGCAGGCCGCGCAACGACACCGCGCUGCGCAGGGUCCAGGCGCUCCAGCGGCCGCUCAGGGGCCCCGGCCUCGCCGAGGCGGCGCCGUACACCGUGCUGUUCCACCCGGUGUCCGGGAUGUGCGUGGUGGUGCGCCGCAGGUCGCCGACGCCGACGCUGACGCAGCCCCUUGAGCUGGGCCUGGGCCCCUGCAACGAGACGGAGGCGUGGGAGUACAGCGCGCAGCAGCAGCGGCUGGCGCUGCGGGACGCCGCGCUGCUGUGCCUCCGCGCCGAGGGCGCCGGCAGGCCCGCGACCCUUGGCGUGAGCUGCGGCGACGCGAUGGCAAGGUGGAGCCUCGUGUCGGACUCCAAGCUGCACGUCGCUGUCAACGCGACGACGUCGUCGGCCGGGAGCGAGAGCGACGGCGACGGCAUGCUCUGCCUGGACGUGGGCGCGGACGGCCGGAGCGUGGUGACCAACCCGUGCCGGUGCCUGAGCGCGGACAACAGCUGCGACCCGCAGGGCCAGUGGUUCAAGCUCGUGAGCAGCACCAGGAGCGUGGUCACCAAGCAGACCAUGCUCGCGCAGCUGCCGCUCAAGCUCAAAAACUGGAAGAUCAGGUCGUUUUGA